AGUGAGUGUGAUUGUGAAGAAAAUAACCCAAAACGACAAAGUAUCGAUAGGUAUAGAAACGGUAGGAAACAGAUGACAGUGUGACUGUGUGAGGCUGUGAGCAGUUGAGUUGAGUUGAGUUGAGUUUGAGUCCAGCGUUGCCGUUGAUGGCAAGUUUUGUUAAAUUCCAUCCCCGUCAAGGUCAAAUCUCACUGCCACUUCCAUUUAUAAAGGAACAGGGUUGAAGAACAUACACCACCUUCAUUCUAUCUUCAAUGGCUCCUCCUUCUUCUUAUUACAUUAUUCUCUUUCUAUUACUAUCUCUUCUCUCUCACACAGCAUUCACUUUCUCCAACUCCAUCACUCUCCCUCUCUCCCCUCUCCUCACCAAACCUCAUUCCUCAGACUCAGAUCCAUUCCACUCUGUCAAACUCGCCGCUUCCUCUUCCCUAACCCGGGCCCACCACCUCAAACACCGCAACAACAACUCCCCCUCCGUCGCCACAACCCCAGCAUACCCCAAAUCCUACGGUGGAUACUCCAUAGAUCUCAACCUCGGAACCCCACCCCAAACCUCCCCUUUCGUUCUGGACACAGGUAGCAGCCUCGUAUGGUUCCCCUGCACCUCCCACUACCUCUGCUCCCAUUGCAACUUCCCCAAUAUCGACCCCACCAAAAUCCCCACCUUCAUUCCGAAAAACUCCUCCACCGCCAAACUCCUCGGUUGCAGAAACCCCAAAUGCGGCUACCUCUUUGGCCCCGACGUUGAAUCUCGCUGCCCCCAAUGCAAAAAACCAGGAUCCCAAAACUGUUCCCUCACGUGCCCCUCCUACAUCAUCCAAUACGGCCUAGGCGCCACCGCAGGCUUCUUACUCCUCGACAACCUUAAUUUCCCUGGAAAAACCGUUCCUCAAUUCCUCGUAGGUUGCUCCAUCCUCUCCAUUCGACAACCCUCAGGAAUCGCCGGCUUCGGUCGCGGCCAAGAGUCUCUCCCCUCACAAAUGAAUCUCAAAAGAUUCUCUUACUGCUUAGUUUCCCACCGCUUCGACGAUACCCCGCAAAGCAGCGACCUCGUUUUGCAGAUUAGUUCCACUGGCGACACCAAAACUAACGGCCUCAGCUACACGCCGUUUCGCUCGAACCCGUCCAACAACUCCGUGUUCCGUGAGUACUACUACGUGACUCUUCGCAAGCUCAUUGUCGGGGGCGUGGAUGUGAAGAUUCCGUACAAGUUUUUGGAGCCUGGCUCUGACGGUAACGGCGGCACCAUCGUGGACUCUGGAUCCACCUUCACGUUCAUGGAAAGGCCCGUUUAUAAUUUGGUGGCCCAAGAGUUUCUGAGGCAGCUGGGGAAGAAAUAUUCCAGGGAAGAGAACGUUGAGGCCCAAUCUGGGUUGAGUCCCUGCUUUAAUAUCUCCGGCGUCAAGACCAUCAGUUUCCCCGAGUUUACUUUUCAGUUCAAAGGAGGCGCCAAAAUGUCGCAGCCGCUUCUGAAUUAUUUCUCGUUUGUCGGCGAUGCCGAGGUCUUAUGUUUCACCGUUGUCUCCGACGGUGGUGCCGGUCAGCCGAAGACCGCCGGUCCGGCCAUCAUCUUGGGGAACUAUCAGCAGCAGAAUUUCUACGUUGAAUAUGAUUUGGAGAAUGAGAGGUUCGGAUUUGGUCCUCGUAAUUGCAAAAGGAAAGCUUAGAUUUAGUAUUUGAAAAUUAACACACCAGAGGUUCCCAAUUCGAUUCACAUAACGUCCACAACAUUGUUUGGUGGUCAUAGUUUAUUAUUACUAUAUUAUUUAUUUGUCGCACUCAUUGAUUUUUUUCUUUUUCUUAAAUGCGUAAUUGCAUGAACAGAGUAGGGAUGUUUAGAAUGAUUUCAAAUAAAUUAAGAUAUAUGAUUAGUUCAUCAAGUGUAUAUGAAGGAAGAUGGUUGAUGCUAACCGUUAUUUGGUUUCAUGUGUGAGUUUUAGCUAAAGGAGCAUUUUUGAGAAUGGGAUGGAUUCCUUUCCAUGUUCUUUCAUAAAGUUGUCUUUCAUCAUGUUAAUGUUAGGGGAGGGUAAGAUAAAGCGUAGGGCUCUUUAUUCUUGCAUUAUUUGUGGUUUUUGUUUGUCUUCUAGAACGCUGCGAAGGAGCCUUGCUUGCUA